AUGAACCUCAUCGCCGACCUCAAUUCCGGAUGUGAGGGCUGGAUUGAUUGGAACCUGUGCUUGGACGAGGAGGGUGGCCCCAAUCACGUGGGGAACACCUGUGUGGCGCCGAUCAUUUGUGACACCCAGCGAGAUGAAGUCCUUUAUCAGCCCAGCUUUUGGCACUUGGGGCACUUCUCCAAGUACAUCAGGCCAGGUGCGCGGCGGCUGCUUUGCAGUAGCACCCGAGAUGCCCUCGAGGUGACCUCCUUUCUGAAUCCGGAUGGGCAAGUGGUUGUGGUGGUCUUGAACCAAAGCGAGGAGGAUCUGGGCUUUUGGUUGAAGGUGCGGCAUGCUGGGAGCACCAAAGCAGUGGAGCUCAUCUCGCACAGGCGGUCCAUCCAAACCUUGCUGGUGGAGGAUGAGAGGAACGACAGCCUUUUUGGUCGUGUGGGGCGAAUGCUCCCUUACCGACUCCAGGUUCAGGUGGCCCGCUUGGUGAGAAGCACCUCCGUUGUAAUAUCUGGGCAUCGAUUAUUUAGAAAUUGCAAUUGA